AUGUACGUCAACAAUUGCCCUAGUAGAAUUUGGGUUCACAAAUGUGUUCUGGAGAAAGAGUUGGGCAGGUUUUCGUUUGAACCCACAAGUGAAAAUCCACUCUUUGGCCCUUCCGCCUUAACGCUCAAAAAGGUCGGUGGACUUGACAGAAAACUGGUGGAGCAAGGUGAACGAUGGCGUUUAUUCUCUUGCAUGUUUCUUCAUUCCGGAGUCGUCCAUUUACUUUUCAACACCUUGGCCCUUCUAUCCGCCGGUAUCCAGCUUGAAGAGGAAUUCGGAUUUUUGAAAGUCGGAAGCUUGUAUGUACUUUCUGGCUUAGGCGGAAGCAUUUUAUCUUGCCUUGGCCAAGAUCCCACAAGAGACACGGUUUCAGUUGGUGCAUCAGGUGCGCUUUUCGGAUUCAUGGGCUCGAUGCUCUCCGAGUUCAUCACAAACUGGUCAAGCCAUACGAACAAGUGUGUUCAAUUGACGAUGCUUCUCAUGGUCAUCUGCCUGAAUAUGUUGGUGGGUUUGAUACCUGGAGUUGACAACAUGGCACAUUUGGGAGGCUUCAUCAGCGGAUUUUUUCUAGGGUUUGUUCUUCUAAUGUGUCCUCGACAGGAAUAUUUUCUUCCUGGAUAUGAAACAACUCGCCGCAAAUCCAAGUACCAGUGCCAUCAACAAUUCUUUUGCGUUGUGUCUCUUGCCAUCUUAAUCGCCGGGUACUUGUAUGGGAUAAAAUUGCUAUUCAAAGGCUCGCAAAUAGAGAAAAUUAUUCCUUCCAUACCCAUUGACGAUCUGCAAGGCACCUUAACUUCCCAACUCCGAAAUGCAACAAACCACACUUUGUAAUCACAACCAUUAUACAGCUCUAAACUUGAUAUAUCCUAAACUUGCCUUCAUACUUUUUAUACAGUGUAUUGAUAAAGAGUUAUAAAAAUUUUGUUUUCUUCAUAAAUCAAAAUUCGGAGGUUCCAAAAUAUUAACAGAGAUCCUGCAGAUAAAGGGAGAUGGGAAAAAAAAGCUAUAGUGAAAUCAAAAAAGAAAAUCUUUGUGGAGGCGAGACAAGGGUGAAUUAGAGAGUUUGAUGAGAUAUGUAUUGUAUUUGUUUUGUAAACAUUAUUUAUGAAUUGAAAUUGGAUUUUGUCUUGA